AUGAGCCACGCAAACGUCAGCCAACGCAAGGGAUACGGCCGCCUGACAACUAGCCAACAUCAUCUCAACAAAUUGUGCGAGCUAAACAUUGAGGAGCAGCUUGAAACCUCACCAUGGCCGUUUGUGGAGGCAGACGAACUCGACUCCAUGUCUUGCAUUCAGCUCGAAGACAUUGAGAUUGAUGGCAAACAAGCUGGCUCUGCCAGCGCUGUGACAUUCUUCAUGCCCUUCCACCAGUUUGAUCACCGAAUGAAGGAGACUUUCUCGUGGGGCUGGUUCGAGCUGGGUGAAGGACAAGCACCGCGAGUGUACGCUGGGUUCAGAGCAGGCUGGUUCAUGCGGCCAUGGCAGAAGGUCGACCCGUUGGAGAGUGAUGAGCUUCGAAUUGACUUCUUCGGCGGAACAGCCUGGCAAUGCACGCUGGAGGACAGAUGGGAAGUCCGAGAAACGACCGGGCUGAUACUUCCCUACCGGUGCAUCGUAGACUACGCUUACUCUCACGAGUAUCAGUCUGACAUUGUCUUCUUCCCCAAGGACGAGGAUAGACCGCACCUUGCCUGCAUCAUGGAAGAUACUGCCAUUUCUCCGGACAAGAUCUUGCGGAGCGAAGUCCAUGGCGCCAUUACCCUCAUCAAGCACCAGAUGCGCAACGAUCGCUUGAAAGACCACUACACAAAGCCCGUCAUGUUGUACACUUUCCAGAGAGACCAGUACGCCCGCAUCACGCAGGCCCACUACGACGUCAAGAUGGGCAAGAUCGUCCUUCGCCAGUCCAGACAGUUCGAUCUCCGUGGUCCCAAACCGACUGAGGAUGCUUGGUUGUUAAUGCGGUGGAUGCUGAACACGCCGGUCGGGGACACCAUGGUCAAAUCUAAGGGUGAUGAGCUGCCUACUAUAGCGGAGGUCGAGGAGCCCGCUAUAAGCCCAAUGAGGCCUGCUCACGCCUUGUCGGCAUGA